AUGUGUGUGUCCUCAUUUAAGUGUACACAUGACAAUGCUUUUUUUCCCGUCACACCCCAGAGACGUUUUAAAGGCGACGUGAACUUCUACAGGGGGUGGACAGACUACAAGAACGGGUUUGGAACUCCCGACACCGACUUCUGGCUUGGGCUGGACUCUAUCCACAACCUCACAUCACAGGGAUACACUGACCUGCGCAUCGACCUGAGGCUCCAUAACACUCGCUACUUCGCCCAAUACUCCAACUUCAGCGUGGGUCCAGCCUCGUCCAGCUACCAGCUGUCCCUGGGUCAGUACUAUGGCACAGCCGGGGAUAGCCUGAAGAUCCACAAUGGAUCUCUCUUCUCCACGUUUGAUGUGGACAAUGACAAGCACGCUGCCAACUGCGCUCAACUUUACCACGGGGCUUGGUGGUUCGUCAACUGUUACCACUCCAACCUGAACGGUUUGUGGGGAUCCAACAGUCACAGCGGUGUUGUCUGGAGGGAUCUUGGCUCCGCACAAUCUCUGACUUUCACGGAAAUGAAGCUGAGGCGACCAUGA